ACUGCAAUUUUGUCGGUAUGGCGUCAAAUGGAGCUGUUUUGGAGGAUAUUGUUGACGCCUGGGGAGAAGAUAUGAGCGCUACAGACGAAGACUCUGACACGAGGCGGUUGCUCAGCGAGCAGGCAGCUCCUACAGCUAUGGCUCCUCUUCCGGCAGGGGAGUAUGGAUCCAUCAGGAGAGCACAGACCCCGCUCGUCUCCCUGGAGCCAGCCGUUUAG